GAAUUUUUUUUUUUCUAUUUAAAAACGGAUGGGCCUUACUAAUACUGAUUCAAAAGCCCAUAUAGAUACAAAAUAUAGAUAGAGAUGGCCCACAUUUAUCCAAAUCUUUUCACGAAGCCAGAACGAUCAAGAUGCUUCCCGAACAACUCCAAACUGAAAAAUAUCAGACAGAAUGUUCGGUCAGUCUACAUCCCUCUAGAAAAAUCCAUCUCCUCUCCUAUUUAAAUCCCACGAAGUCUCAAACAAACUCCAUCAUAACAAAAAUCAAAGAAGAAGAAAUCAAGAAAUCAAGAACGCAACACAAACAAGUAAAAACAAAUGGAUUUUGGAAGGUUCCCGAUAAUCUCAAUCCUCGAAGACAUGCUAGAAGUCCCCGAGGAGCACAACGAUAAGAGCCGCAACAACCCCUCUCGAGUUUACAUGCGCGACGCAAAGGCCAUGGCGGCUACACCAGCCGACGUGAUCGAGCAUCAGAACGCGUACGUGUUCGUGGUGGACAUGCCUGGGAUCAAAGGAGAUGAGAUCAAGGUUCAGGUGGAGAACGAGAAUGUGCUUGUGGUGAGCGGAGAGAGGCAGAGGGAGAACAAGGAGAGCGAGGGUGUGAAGUUCGUGAGGAUGGAGAGGAGAAUGGGUAAGUUUAUGAGGAAGUUUCAGCUGCCUGAGAAUGCGGAUUUGGAGAAGAUCUCUGCCGUUUGUCACGAUGGUGUUUUGAAGGUGACUGUUGAGAAGCUUCCUCCUCCUGAGCCUAAGAAACCGAAGACUAUUCAGGUCCAAGUGGCUUGAGUUUGUUGAUGAUAUGUGUGUUUGGUUCUCGGGUCUGAAUGUAAUCCGAAUGUGAGAGACUGCGUGCUGUGUGAUCUAAGAUGUAAUAAAAGUGUCUGCUCUGUUUUAAUUUUCUUUUUUUUUUUGUUAUUUUAAUUAAUGAGGUUGGUUUAAGUAUC